CCACACCUCACGUCUCCUCACUACCCGCGCUCUCAGGCAGCGCACCUCGCUCCUCCUCCCCCACAGCGCUUUCCAUUUUCGUCUAUCUCCCGAGAACCCUCCUGCGCCUCCCAAAGCUCUCUUGUUCGUUGCUCCCCCCCCCCCCCCCCCCGUGCUGGUUAAUCAUCCCCUUCGAUUUCGAUCACAUACAUAUAAUCUCUCUCAGCUAUCGCGGCCGCGCGCCUGAUCGACGUACGACCGGUCUGGUACGUACGUGUGCUCGCCCGCCAUGGCUCGCGGCGACGGCGAGCUGGAGCUGUCCGUGGGGGUCCGCGGCACCGGCGGCGCGGCGGCGGCGGCGGCGGACCACGUGGCGCCGAUCAGCCUCGGCAGGCUCAUCCUCGCCGGCAUGGUCGCCGGCGGCGUGCAGUACGGCUGGGCGCUGCAGCUCUCCCUCCUCACGCCCUACGUGCAGACUCUGGGGCUCUCACAUGCCCUCACUUCAUUCAUGUGGCUAUGCGGUCCUAUUGCUGGCUUAGUGGUCCAACCGCUGGUUGGCCUGUACAGCGAUAGGUGCACAGCAAGAUGGGGAAGACGCAGGCCAUUUAUCCUGAUAGGAUGCAUGCUCAUCUGCCUUGCCGUCAUUGUUGUUGGCUUCUCGUCCGACAUCGGAGCUGCUCUAGGGGACACAAAGGAACACUGCAGCCUCUACCACGGCCCUCGUUGGCAUGCUGCGAUCGUGUACGUUCUGGGGUUUUGGCUCCUUGACUUCUCCAACAAUACUGUGCAAGGUCCAGCGCGUGCUAUGAUGGCUGAUCUGUGCGGUCAUCAUGGGCCUAGUGCAGCCAACUCAAUCUUCUGUUCUUGGAUGGCGCUGGGAAACAUCCUAGGCUAUUCCUCUGGCUCCACAAACAACUGGCACAAGUGGUUUCCGUUCCUUAUGACAAACGCGUGCUGUGAAGCCUGCGCAAACCUGAAAGGCGCGUUUCUGGUGGCUGUGGUGUUCCUAGUCAUGUGCUUGACUAUAACCCUGUUCUUCGCCAAGGAAGUGCCCUACAGAGGAAACCAGAACCUCCCCACAAAGGCAAACGGCGAGGUCGAGACUGAACCUUCCGGCCCACUCGCUGUGCUCAAGGGCUUCAAGAACUUGCCCACGGGGAUGCCGUCCGUGCUCCUCGUAACUGGACUCACCUGGCUCUCUUGGUUCCCGUUCAUCCUCUACGACACCGACUGGAUGGGCCGUGAGAUCUACCACGGCGACCCCAAGGGUAGCAACGCUCAGAUCUCGGCGUUCGACGAAGGCGUCAGAGUUGGCUCGUUCGGGCUGCUGCUCAACUCGAUCGUUCUAGGAUUCAGCUCGUUCCUGAUCGAGCCCAUGUGCCGGAAGGUCGGGCCGAGGGUGGUGUGGGUGACGAGCAACUUCAUGGUCUGCGUCGCCAUGGCGGCCACCGCGCUGAUCAGCUUCUGGUCGCUCAAGGACUACCACGGAUACGUGCAGGACGCCAUCACCGCCAGCACGAGCAUCAAGGCCGUCUGCCUCGUCCUCUUCGCGUUCCUGGGUGUCCCUCUCGCCAUCCUGUACAGCGUCCCGUUCGCGGUGACGGCGCAGCUGGCGGCCACGAAGGGCGGCGGGCAGGGGCUGUGCACCGGCGUGCUCAACAUCUCCAUCGUCAUCCCUCAGGUGAUCAUCGCGCUGGGCGCGGGCCCGUGGGACGCGCUGUUCGGCAAGGGCAACAUCCCGGCGUUCGGCGUGGCGUCGGGGUUCGCCCUCAUCGGCGGCGUCGUGGGCGUGUUCCUGCUGCCCAAGAUCUCCAAGCGCCAGUUCCGCGCCGUCAGCGCGGGCGGCCACUGAUCGCGGCCGCCGCGCCGGAGCACGGCACGGCGGCACAGCCCAGCCGUGCUAGAGCUGUAUGUUUUGAAAGUUGAAACAGAAUAAGAAGCGGGCGAAACGAGAAAACCAUGCAUGUCAUGUGUGUGCUUUUGUUGUGUGUGGGGUGGGGCAAGCGAGGCGAGGUGUGUGGAGGUGAAGUGAAGGUGAGCAUAUCCAGCACCAGCUGGUACCAAGGUCGGGUCUCUGUGCUAGUGCUAUUAGCUAGUGUAAGGAGCGAGUAGGUCAGUUAAGGCUGGUGCGUCGUGAGGGCUGUCUUGUGUGUAGCUACAGCAGACGGUUCAUCAGAAGGAUUAUUCGUGCAGUAUAUACAGUACAACUAGACAAUGAUGUUGAUGAUUGGUCUAGAGCUAGAGGCCUAUAGCCCUAUACUACUGUGUAUUGUCCGCCGUUUUAGUUUUUUGGUCCCAUCCCAUCAA